AUGAUGCCGUCAAACAAGCUACUACGAGGCUUUGCGCCUUUACUAUCUACCACCACCCGUCCCAUCAAACCCUCCACAUGCCGCCGACUUCAACAAACCACCCCAGCAACUGCAGCAACACCCGUUAGACACGCCCACACCAGCAGGCCAAACAGCCUCCCAUCCAGCCGAUCCUCCCCUCUCCGCCCCCGCCUCGCACCAACAACCCACGCCCAACCCUGGCGCGCCCUCCUCCCGCACACAGCCCGGCGCAGCAUCUUCAUCCAGACGGAGAGCACGCCCAACGCCGACGCGCUCAAGUUCCUCCCCAACCACCAGAUCCUGCCCGCGGGCCUCACGACGCCCUUCAUCGAGUACCUCAACCCGCGGGCGACCAUCGCGCCCCCGCACCCGUCGCCGCUGGCCGCGCAGCUGAUGAACAUUGACGGCGUGACGGCCGUCUUCUACGGCGCCGACUUCAUCACCGUCACCAAGGCCGCCGACGCCAACUGGGCCCACGUGCGGCCCGAGGUGUUUGCGCUCAUCACCGAGGCCAUUACCUCGGGCCAGCCGAUUGUGAACGUGGCGGAGCGGAAGGAGGGGGGUGGUGGUGUUGGUGGCGCGGCGGGGGAGGGGGAGGGGGCGGCGGAGGAGAAGGAUAGUUUGGCGUAUGAUGAGAAUGAUAGCGAGGUGGUGGGUAUGAUCAAGGAGUUGCUGGAGACGCGCGUGCGGCCGGCGAUUCAGGAGGAUGGUGGGGAUAUCGAGUUCAGGGGGUUUGAGAAUGGCUAUGUGAUGCUCAAGCUGCGCGGCGCGUGCAGGACGUGCGACUCGAGCACGGUGACGUUGAAGAAUGGGAUUGAGGGCAUGUUGAUGCACUACAUCGAGGAAGUUCAGGGUGUGCAUCAGGUGCUAGACCAGGAGGAGGAAAUUGCCCUGGCAGAGUUCGCCAAGUUUGAGGAGAAGCUCAAGGCGCAGAAGGGCGAGGUGCCGCCUUCAACCGUGGGCAAGGGCUCGCUUGAUACUGCAUCUGGCUAA